AAUAGACCUCCCACAAUGGCAACAGUUACUCUGUGCCUAUUAUCGUUAUCAAUCUUUAUCGUUCUCAAGCUCAACAUAGCGAGUACGAAAAUGCAUUACCAUCGGUAUAUGCUGUCCGAUUACAGGCCACAGCAUAAAAACAAUGUUCAACAAGACUAUAAACGACUACCGCGACCCACGUAUCCGCCGGAAAAGCGGAUUAUGAUUAGGUCGGGUACGGACGAGCCGAUGGUAGAAAUGAUCGGGAAUGGUGAACAUGUACGGCUGCACGAUCUACUGGUACGGAUAUACAAUGGCGACAAAUUCGUUUGCAUUGGAACGCUCUUGACCGAGCAAGUUGCCAUAACCGCUAGCACCUGCUACAGAUAUGGACAAGCCGAGAAUUAUACCGUCAAGACCUCAAAAGAUCAGACCAUUGGGUUGUACAACCUAAGCACAGAUGCGUUUCCCAUUAAGGAUAAGGAUUCGGUAGUUAGCUUGCUGAUUCUAAGGGUACCCGUGCCAAAUGUAAGGAUUACAGCAAAGCUUUGCUUGGGCAGCCUAGAGGCUAAUAUGAAUGUGGAGCUGCCCACCUACAGUCACACCCGUCGUGUGGUGCAAAAUCAACUCUCCCAGGUGCUGCCUCUAGCUGAGUGUCGGCAGCAAUUGAAUGAUACAGACGGCAACAUUGUGACAAAUGGGAUGAUCUGUGUUAAGAACGAAAAGCACACGGGCAAAUGUCAGAAGACCUUUGGCAGUCCGCUCAUUUAUGAGAACCAGAUCUGCGGCAUCAACUUGCUGGGUCACAAUUGUCCCAAGAAGUUUGGUGUCGAUCUGUAUGCCGCCGUCGUUAAUGAAGCCCAAGUAAGAAGAAACAGCAUUUCAAACAUUGCCGCUGCCGACAUAGAGGACGCCAUAUUCUGAGCCAGUGGAAUAUAAUUUAUUUCGAAUAUUUACAAAUUCUUAUCGGUCGAAUCAGUUUAUAUGAUGCUUUCUAUAUGCGAAUGAAUAUAAUACAAUCAUUUUUUAACUGUU